AUGAAGACCAACUUCCUCGUUGUCAUUGCUACCCUGGCCGCCACUGCCCUCGCCGGCCCUGCCGCGGACGCCGAUAGCCUUGUCGCCAGAGCCGACAUCUGCCACAAGCCCAGCAGCUGCAGUUCCUUCUGGUCCGGCAAGUGUGAAGAGUACUGCGCGCCCUACAAGUUCUCCCACAUGAGCGGCGACGACUGUGGCGGAAGUACCAAGAAGUGCUGCUGUGAAAAGCCUUAG